GGUGGCAAAACCAAUAACAAUAACAAUGAAAUUAUGCUGCCAACAAACAAAUCGGAUCGCGUGCGCAAGAAUUCAACAAAGGAGUUGUAACUAAUUCAAUUCAUGUUGCAAAUAAGUAGGUUCGAGGGUCAAUGACUAAGUUGAUGCUACAAAUAACUUGGCAUUAGUCGAGUUACAGGUGUGCGCAACAAAAAAAGAGGCUUGCGUGAGUGGACUCAGCACUUGCAGGACUCCUCCCCACCACCAAUAUGUCCAAUAUACACGGGGGAUGGAUAGCCAAUCAUUGUUUGAUCGAUAAGCAACGAAACUCGUUUGCCGGUUAAUAUUCAAAUCGAAAUAAAUAAAAACAAAUAUGAUAUUUAAAUGAACUCUGUGUGGCAGUAGACACUGUCUCAACAAUCCGAAAUCAAAUGCUCGACAAGUGCUCAUUCACAAAAUAGCUACAACGACAACUAGUAGUAGCUGAUAAUUAUAAUAAUAAUGGUGCAGAUUUCGCAGACCGAGGAGGAUAUCAAAAUUUCAAUUGAGCUUAAUAGGCUGGUCACGCGUAAACCGGAUGUUGUCCUGCUGCCACAGUAUUUGAAAUUUAAUAAUCCACCGAUAUUCUUUGAGCGGCAUCUUGCCCAGGAGAUUGAUGAGAUGGCCAGUUUCUGUCGCAUUUUCAAGCAUGAGGCACGCAUUGUGCUGAUCAAAAAGCAGCCAGGCAUCUGGCCGGAGUUGUUCCAGAAGCUCAACAGAGAGGCGCUAAUGCAAAAGCGACUCGAGAUUGCCGAUCUGAUUGUGGAACGCAAUAAGAAACGUGAUGAAAUGGCUUUGGAGCGUUAUGAGAACAAGCGCCGCACUGAAAUCGAGAAGGAAGUCAAGCGUGAAGGCGACAUGAAAGAUCGCGUCAAAAAGUUUCAGGAAGCCUCUUGCCAGGAGGCACUUAUGGUAGGAGUGCGUAAAGAGACCCACGCCAAGCCACAUAGCAACAGCAACAAUGACAUCAAAAGCACCAAUAAACAGGAAAAGCAACAGCAGUCGGCAACGGACUACAGACAGGCCACUCCGGUGGUGCGUUAUCAACCACCGUCGGCAAUGUCAGCGGUGCGUGGCAAUGGACGCAUUAAUGUGUCCUUCUCGGGCCAACAUAAGAUGGAAACGCCGAAGCGUGAAUCUCAGGCGGGCAUUCAAAUGCCAUUUACCAUACAAGAUCGAUUAAAUGGCAAACCGCCGACCAUAGAAAAGACACCAAUGGAGACGCUCGAUGAGUGAAAGUGUGAAAAUAUUUUAGGGGCAGAGGAUGAGUGGAAGGGUGUAACAAUUAUUUAAUAAAACAUAAGCUCAAAUCCGCUCGCAUUUGUAUGAUUCAAUUGGAAUAGUUUUAUUUUAAAUAAGAUAAAAUAUACAACAAUUAUUAAAUAUGCAUUAUAUCCAUUAUAUAUUUAAUAAGCUUUUCAAAUAAAAAAUAAUACACGGUAUUGUUACU